AUUUCAUAUUAGUUAUUUGUAAAAACCAAUUGCUCAUGUUUCACAGCACUUGAAAACGAUGAUUUACCAUUGUGAUAUUUGUGGAAAAGAAUAUAAAAGCAAAUUCAAUUAUAACUAUCAUGUUGCUCAUCAUUCAGAUGAAAGACCUUUCGAAUGUCAAUUUUCAGGAUGUUUGAAUGCUUAUAAAACAAAAGCUGAUCUACGUCAGCAUCAGAAAUGUCAUGAGAAAAGUCUAGGAAUAUCUUUUGAUUGUAACAUUUGUUAUGAAAGUUUCAACAGCAGUACAUCAUUGAAUGUGCAUAAAAGGGAUAAUCAUCCAAGAUUGAAAACAUCGUGGUGUGACUUAUGUGGAAAAAAUUUUGCAAAUUUAAAUGUCCAUCAUAAUUUAGUUCAUUUAAAAAUCAAAAACUUUGUUUGUGACUUUGAUGGAAAAUGUUUCGGAAAACUUAGUGACAUUGCAAGGCAUAUUCAAGCUGUUCACUUAAAGCUGACUCCUUAUCAUUGCAAGGAAUGCCCCAAGAAAUUUAAAGAAUCUGGAGCACUAAAAAAGCACAUGAAGCAUCAUGUUAGAUUAAAGACAUUUGUCAGAACUCCAAAAUCUCAUAGUGAUCCCCAGUUUUGGAGUGAAGAUGAAGAAAUUGUUGUUGAAAAUUCUGAAAUAAAUUCUGAUGCUUGUAAUCGCGAGUCUACAUUACAAUUUUCACGUUUCCAUGAUGAAAACAAGACAAAUUCUGACUCCAGAUAUGUUUGUGAUAAAUGCAAUCAACGUUUUAAAAGUGUUAAAAAUCUUCGAAAUCAUCUCCUCCACUUUCAUCAGUCAAUAAGUAAAAGAAAAACAAAAUUAUUCAAAUGUGGUGCAUGCAAGAAGAUUCUCAGUUCGAAACAUGCCUUAGAACGACAUAAAUCAGGUGUUCAUUUGGGAUUUUACAAAUUUUUAUGUGAUCUUUGUCCGGCAACUUUCCGUGAACGAAAGAACUUAAAUGAUCAUUUAGUCAAGUAUCACAACCAAAUCAUAGAUGAAAGAAAAUGUUUCAAAUGUCAAUCAUGUGAGAGAAUAUUCCAAAGUCAUCUCAGUUUUAAAAAUCAUAACAAUCAAUGUCAUCAGAAGACACAACAAAAAUUCAAUGAGCAUAUAUUGGAUUUAAAUUAUGAGAAAGUUCGCGGAGUUCAGAGAACAGAUAAAAAUAUAGAAUUAAAGAGAGGAAAUUCGGAUCACAAACAUGUUUUUGAGAUCGUCUUGAUAAAACAUGAUCCGAUUAACAUUGUUUCUAAUUCGAAAACAGGAAGUUUUCUCAGUAAUCGCAACAUCAAAAAAGAGCCUUCUAAGGAUUUAAAUCAAACAAAUGAAAUUUCUAACACUUUUAGUGGAAGAAAAUUACGAGAAGUCAGAAAAAUUCCUGGAUUCGCUAAAAAGCUUGCUUGUGAAUCUUGUCGUCAAUUAUUUGGGACCUUUGAAGAAUUAAGAAAACACAAAAAUGAUAAACAUCCGCAGAUAUCCGAUGAUGAGAAUGAAAUUCUUGACACUUCUGCAAAUCUUGAGUGUGAUAAUGUUGAUGAAGAUAUUUUAAGGAAAAUGUUUAAUGGCGAAACAUAUAAUAAGCUCGUCUUUCCACCAUCGUUUGACUGUAAGUUUUGUCAAACUAAAAAUUUGACAAGCCUUCAGCAACUUAAAGUUCAUUGUGUUCAAGAACAUGGAAUCAAAAAGUUCAAAUGUUUUCAUUGCAAUCAUUCAUUCAACACAACAUCAGAAAUUGACUUUCACUUAAAAAAGCAUCAUGAAAAAUCUUUGAAUAAAAAAAAUUACAUAACUCGUAAUUAUGCAAUUCCAAAUGAAAAUAUUUCCUGUUCUUUAUGCUCGAGAAUUUUCGCAAGAACUGAAUCAGUUAAACGACACAUUCAACUCGUUCACAAUAUGAAGCGGCAAACACUUUAUUGCGAUCAAUGUUCGGAAAGUUUCAUCGACUCUCGAACUCUACGCAAUCAUAUCGCGAAAAAUCACCCACAUUUGGACAACGAUGAUAAGAAAAGAGUUGUUUGCAGACGAAAAACAACAAAAGCAAUCGCAUGUGAAGCUUGUGGUGAUAUUGUUUAUGGAAAAACUGAACUGUUGAUACAUCGAUGGAAUAAACACAUCAAUAUGAGAAUUGUUGAUAGAACAAAUUUUCACUGUUUGAUAUGUGAGCAGGUUUUAAGUUGUCGGUUAUCAGCACUUCGUCAUCACAAGCAAGUUCAUGAAAAUGGAAAAAAAUUGUUGAGGAAAUGUGGAGAAUGCAAUGCUGAGUUUAAACGUUUCAUCGACUUUAAAGCUCAUGUGGACAAAAUUCAUAACAAUUCAUUUAUUUGUCUCAUUUGUGGUAUCAAAUUUAAUUCAUCUAUUGAACUUUUUAUGCACAAUAAAAAGCACCGUACGGUACCUGAUGAAGAGAAGCCUUACAGCUGUGAUUUAUGUGACUUUAGAUCUCAACAGAAAAUUACAAUGGCAAAUCACAUGGUGAAAAUUCAUGGAGCGACACCAAAAGAAUGUUCAGCGACUUGUGAAAUUUGUGGAGCAUUUUUCAAAAAUUUUACAUCUUUCAAUGUACAUAAAAGGGAGCACCACUUGGCUACAAAACACACAUCAUAUCAAUGUGUUUAUUGUCCUAAAUCUUAUUACAAUCUUAGAGACUUUAGAGAUCAUGAAUUUAGUCACACGAAUCCUGAAGAAAAGCCUUACAUUUGCCAAUUACCGGGAUGUGGUCGUGGAUAUUUUUCAUUUAGCAGUUACCGAUGGCAUAUGAACUUUUCACAUGGUCAGAAACGUCAUCAAUGCAAAAUAUGUUCAGUAACAUUUUCAUCACGUGAAAAACUUCUCGAUCACACUGACGAAAACCAUCCAGAAGCACGAAGAUUUAAUUGCAGUUAUUGUGGAAAGUCUUUUGAAAAACAAUCAGCAAACGUUCGACAUAUGGAAAAAUGUCAGCCGACUAUUGUUGAAUGAUGUUUUUUGUCAACUGAAAGAAUAAUUUAAUAAAAUAAU